AUGGCUCCAGCCCACCAUGAGCACAUGGCUCAGCAGCCUGUCUCCAGUUUCCAUCACAGCAACGCAGAUUCCAUACACUCGGCCAGCACUACCGAAGAGCGCCCAGACCUCGAUCAAGUGCGGACCAAUAUCUCUACCCACGAUAUUCCUAUACAGCACUACUCCUCAUUUGUCGAGAUUCCCGAUGAAGUAUACGAUCGAUUGUCGCCAUCACGGAAGCUCGUUAUAGUAGCACUUUUGUCAUUCUGCUCUUUCCUCGCUCCGAUAUCUUCAACUACCAUUCUGGCGGCUAUUCCAGAGGUAGCCUCAACAUACAAUAGCACCGGAACAAUAAUCAACCUGAGCAAUGCUCUCUACAUGCUUUUCAUGGGAGUUUCACCCUGUUUCUGGGGACCACUUAGCCAAGUGUACGGUCGACGAUGGAUCUGUCUUGUAACAGCAGCACUGUUCUGUGGCUGCUCCCUGGGCACAGCCCUCGCGCCCAAUCUUCCCGCCUACUUUGCAUUCCGCAUUCUCACAGCUUUCGAAGGCACCUCUUUCCUCAACGUCGGCGCCUCAUGCAUAGGGGACAUCUACCGGCCCACAGAGCGGGCGACAGCCAUGGGUUGGUUCCUCUCCGGCACCCUCAUCGGUCCAGCCUUCGGCCCUUUCAUCGGUGGCAUCAUCGUGACUUUCAGAUCCUGGCGCGUAAUCUUCUGCCUGCAAACCGCUCUCGCAGGCGUAGCGCUCGUCGGCGCCUACGUCCUGCUCCCCGAAACAGCACAUCACAUGAAAGCCGACGACCUCGUCGGUCUCUCCUUGAGGGCCAAAGCAAGGAUCUUGUGCGGCAUGUUGAACCCAUGGCGAGUGCUGGGGCUGUACAAAUACCCGAACUUGAUCAUGGUCGCUCUGGCCAGUAGCUCUCUGGUCUUCAACAUGUAUUCUCUAUUAACACCCAUAAGGUACAUCCUCAAUCCUCGUUUUGACCUCACCACGCCCAUCGAGUCUGGAUUGUUCUACCUUGCGCCCGGCUGCGGAUACAUUCUAGGCACGUUCUUCGGUGGUAGAUACGCCGACCACGUCACCAUCAAAUGGCAGUCUAUCCGCGGCGGUGAACGCGUCCCCGAAGACCGACUCCGCUCCGCCCUCCCAUUCAUGGGAAUCGCCAUCCCAGCCAGCAUGCUGAUCUACGGCUGGUCGAUCGAGCAGCGCUUCGGCGGCAUCGCCCUCCCUGUCGUCACGAUGUUCUGCCAGGGCGUCGCCCAGCUCUUCUGCUUCCCCAGCCUGAACACCUACUGCCUGGACGUGAUGCAGAGCCACAGCGCCGAGGUCAUGGCGGGGAACUACAUGCUCCGCUACCUGUUCGCGGCGCUGGGCAGCGCGACCGUCCUACCGGCCGUCGAGCGCGUUGGCGUCGGCUGGUUCUCGACUGUCAGCGCGGCCUUCUUGGUGGGGAGUAGCCUGGCGACUUAUGCGGCUGUUUGGUGGGGCGCUGCGUGGAGAGAGAAGGUGGAUGCGAAGCGGCGGGCGGCGAGGAGUGAGAGGAAGAAGAUGAUGAUGACUAGUGCUGGGGGCGUGGAGUUGGAUCGGGAGGAUGAGCUGCGAAAAGCACCUGUGCUGGUAGGAGGGAAGGAGGAGGAUAGUAAGCCCCUGUCUGGAUCACUCACUGCGCGCAGAUGCAAGCCAGGUUACACCGCUAGGUCAAAGAAAACCUUCACUGCACUUUCCCCAGUUGCACGCUACGGCCAGAUGCAAGUAACCGGCGACCCUACCUAUCUGCUCGCGAGCUGGACCAAAGUACUACGUAAAUAG